GGAAGCUAUACGACCGGAGGAUUGCCGGUAUCGCCUAAGCCCCUGCAAGCUGGAGCUGGUUCUCAAGAAGAAGGUGGCAUCGCGGUGGUCAUCGCUUGAGCUGGCCCCUCCUCCCAAGAAAAUUGCAGAGCCAGUGGCGGCUCCCAGCAACACAUGGGUACCCGUGUCGAGGAACGUGCAAGGGAGGACGCCACUGAGCAACGUGGCCCCCGUGCACCAGCUGACAAACAAUGUGCAGCCCAGUGUCCAGCCCGCUGUGCUGGACUCUUGCGCCGGAGAUGCGUCGACUGCCUCGGCCGCUCAGGUCGACCCACUCUCAAAGAAGGUCGUCAACAAGCUGGAGACGCGGCCGCCCCCGGCUCCUCCAGCUGUGGUUGCCCCUGGCUACACGGGCCUGGACAACUUGGGCAACACCUGCUUCAUGAACGCCGUGCUGCAGUGCCUGGCCAACACCCGGGAGUUCCGCGACUACUUCCUCAGCGCCACCUUCCAGGGCGAGCUGAACCGGGACAAUCCCCUUGGCAUGCACGGAGAGCUGGCCGUGGCGUUUGCCGUGCUCGCCUCGUGGCUAUGGUCGGGCAAGCAGCGCUCGUUUGCGCCCGCCCGCCUCAAGAGCCUCAUCAGCAUCAAGGCGCCCCAGUUCACGGGCUUUGCUCAGCACGACGCCCAGGAGUUCAUGGCGUUCCUCCUGGACGGACUGCACGAGGACCUCAACCGCAUUCACAACAAGCCUUACGUGGAGAGGGUGGAGUCAAAUGGCCGACCAGACAGCGUGGUUGCCGAUGAAUCCUGGAGCAACUACAAACUCCGCAAUGACUCCAUUGUAGUGGAUCUCUUCCAGGGCCAGUACAAGUCCACUGUCAUCUGUCCAAAAUGUCAGAAGGUCUCCAUCAGCUUCGAUCCUUUCCUGUACCUGACGGUGCCGCUUCCAAAGAGACAGCGGGUAUUUGUGGUGCACUUUUUUGCCCUCGACCCGCAGUCCAUUCCGGUCAAGCUCCGGGUGAGGCUCAACCACGACGCCAAGAUCCAAGACCUCAAAGAGGAGAUCUUCAAGAAGACUAAAGUUUCCCCAAAGAAUCUACGCCUACUGGAGGUCUACAACCGGAGAAUUUACAAAGUGUAUGGCAGGGACGAAAGCCUCGUCGGCGUGACUCCGAAGGACCAAAUCUUUGCGUUCGAGGUUCUGGACAAGGAAGUUGCACGGGAGCGAGUGGUGGAGGUGGCUGUUGUGCAGAGGGCGCUGAUGCCUCCCCUGGCGAACACCUGCUCAUCGUGUGGCAAGGAGUGCGUGGCCGAAGAGGACAAACUGAAGCGUUGCACCCGGUGCUUCCGCGUGGGCUACUGUAAUCGGACGUGCCAGACCAACCACUGGCAGCAGCAUAAAAGUGCCUGCAAGUUCUACCCAGAGUUAGUGGGCCUGCCUUUUGUGCUGAGCAUGCCUGCAUCCCAGGCGACAUACCAGAACAUCUGCCGGCUCAUGGAGGCUCACUCGAGGCAUUCUGUGAAUGUCUUCCAACCACCCGUGGAGUCCAGUAAGCGUACAUUGGAGGCAGCCACGGCCGCAGCCACCUGCAACAGUGAGGUGGCCGACACUAACCAGGAAGUUGAGAUUCACGCCGACACCGUGAGCCAAGGUGCUGGAGACAGCAGCGGAGCCAUGUUCACGGUGACCAGUGUGAACACUGAAAACGUUGCCAGUAAGACUGACUUUGUCCUUGAAGAUGAAGGGACUGAGCCUUUGGACUUCAGCGGAGUUAUCCGUUUGGCGAUGGACUGGAAGAACGACCAGCGCCAAGGGAACUACGUCCUUGUCGAGUCCAAAGAAGUGGAGUACUCAAUGUCUGACGAUGACCGCAGCAUGUCCAUUUAUGAGGAGGACGGCAUCACGCUGCACCAGUGCCUGCGGCUGUUCACGGAGCCCGAGGUGCUGGACCCGCAGGAGGCGUGGUACUGCCCGAGCUGCCGCGAGCAUCGCCAGGCUACCAAGGAGUUCUCCCUGUGGCGGCUGCCCGUCGUGCUGGUCAUCCAGCUGAAGCGCUUCUCCUUCACCCGCUCCAUCUUCCGCGACAAGAUUGACAAGAUGGUCGAGUUCCCCGUCUAUGGCCUGGACAUGAGCCCUUACUACUGCGGCCCCAGGAGUACCGAGGGUCCCUCCACCAUUUACGACCUUUUUGCUGUCACCAACCAUCAUGGCGGCAUGCUUGGUGGCCACUACACCGCAUUCGCGCGCUGUGUCGACCCCGUAGACACACACCUGAGCGAGAUCGGUGACGUGAUCGAGCACACCCUAGGAGAGAGGCGUAUCUUAGGGCGCGGUAACGUGAUCAAGUGCACACUAGGAGGAAGGGAGGGGGGGCAGGGUGUGGACGCAGCGGACGUGCUCAGGUGA